UGCAAGUGAGAGCAAGGGGAAGGAGUGACAGCAAAGAGGGAAAGAGGAGCCAGGUGCAUUUUUACUUAGCUGAUUAUUGUCUGAUACCGUCACUAGAAACCCACACACAGUGACAACCUCCACUAAAAUACUGUGCUGAGACACGUGUGGCUGUAAGUGUGUGUGUGUGUGUGUGCGUGUGUGUGUCCUGCUCAGAGCGACAGAGGGGGAUCUCUGAGGAUACACGGAUGAGAACGAGGAGCAGGGGAGCCAAGGAAGAGGAGCCCGAGUGUGUACCGCCCUGGGGGGAGCUCUCACGCACCGCAGACAGCGCACACACUCCAGCGGGCGCUCGGCACCGUUUCCCUGACAACUAGAAUGGGCUGCAAUUUGUGCACCUUGCAGAAACGAGAGGAACACUACAAACUGCUCUAUGAGAUUGCACAGGUGAACGGUCGGGACUUCUCCAAAGCUGAGCAUGACGAGGCAGUGGUGGACGCCAUCAGACGGGACCCCAUUGUUGUCCAGGUUCUGCGACGGACCCCCACCAGAGCCUCGGCUGCAGCCGUCCAUAACCACAGCGGCUCACCGCAGGACGUGUGUGUGGUUGAUGUUUGCACGCAAACAGACAUCACCUUUGAGCACAUCAUGGCACUGGCCAAGCUUCGUGCCACCACCCCACCGGUCCCGGACAUCUGUCCGUUCCUGCUAUCCGACAGCUGUAACUCCAUCCAAACCAUGGAGCAUGAGUUUUAUGAAUGUCCAGAGUACCUGUCUAAUACCCCAGCAGAGCUGGAGAGGACUGAAGAGUACGAGUAUGAGGAAGUGGAGCUGUGUAGGCAGAACACCCAGGAGAAGCUUGGUCUGACCCUGUGCUACCGGACCGAUGAUGAGGAGGACACGGGCAUCUAUGUCAGCCAGGUGGAGCCAAACAGCAUAGCAGCAAGAGACGGACGCAUCAAGGAAGGAGAUCGUAUUCUCCAGAUAAAUGGCUGUGAAGUGCAGGACCGAGAGAAAGCAGUUGCCUUGUUGUCAAGUGAAGAAGCAAGGAGCAUCACGCUACUAGUGACGAGACCAGAAAUCCAGCUGGAGGAAGAGGCUGGAUGGCUGGAUGAUGAGCAGCAGGAGUUUGUUGAGGAGUUGAAGAUGGAGAUCCUGGAAGAGAGGAGAAAGCAGAGAGAAUAUGGACUUGACAGGGGAGAUCAGCUUCAAGCCGAAGAGGAGAUAACAACAGACACAGCUACCUGUUCAUCCAACAAUCAAGACAGUGGAUUUGGGCGCAGUACAGACAGUCCAGAGCAUCAGCCCCUUCUGGCCAGACUUCGCAGGAGAGGUCCAGCCCAUUGCCUAAGGAAUAAGUGGCGGUCAGAGAAUCCACACAUUAGGCAAGGGAUUGUUAUACCCCAGGAAAACCAGAGUACAAGAACAGGCCAUGAAGGAGUGAGUAUUCGCAAUGGUGGAGGUGGGAUUUUAGGUUUAGAGAACUGCUUCCAGCAACUCCUAGAGCUCAAAUGUCAGAUCCGGAAUGGGGGUGAGUGUGGGGUGUACUCCAUUCGACACAGUAUAGAGUGUAGCCUCACUGAGCAAGGCGGAGGGGACAGAGAUGGUGAAGACGAUGUGGGGGAAGAGGGAGGGGUAGAGCAAGAGUUGAGGAUGCUAAAUGAGGAGCUGCGUAGCAUUGAGUUAGAAUGCCAGAGCAUCAUGCAGGCCCAUCAGCUCCGCCAGUCCCACCACCUGGAGCACUCACAGCCUGCACCCAGCUCACCAGGAAAGAGCCCGAAGGAUGGACAUAAGCGGCUAGGCAGGCUGGCCGACAUCCACGAACACCCAGAGCGAUCCGAUAGUGAUAAAUUCCGUGAAAAGGACAGCUCCAGUGCCUACAACACAGCAGAGAGUGCUAGGUCAACACCGCUGGGUAUGGAGAAAUCCCCUGACCAUUCUCUACAGAGACACAUCAGGAUCACCAACCAGAAAAACCUCAGACUGGCUUCCACCACACCAUCCAAUCCCAUUCCUAUUCCUAAGCCCCAAGGCACAACUAGGAGUUGCAGACCAGCAGAUCCAGGUUCGGUUAUCUCGAGCAGCCCAGACCAGACCAAUCCCUCCAGAUCUGAGUCGGACCCAGCUCUGCCAGCAGAUGACGAGAGGUGUGAGAAAAAGGGGAGGGCCAGAGACUCCAAGAGAGGGCUUCCAUAUGGUUCUUCAUAUCAGAGUGCCACCUAUCAUGGCCAGGGAGGAUCCAAACUUCAGAGCUACAUGCAACUACUACAACAGCACUCAUCCCUCGAAUAUUCUCAGAGCCAACUGAGUCUCCUCAGCGUCUGUAGAGAUUCCUCAAGCCGCAGCGGUCGUACUGGGGAACCUCGCCUGGAGUGGAAAGUCAAAGUUCGUGCAGACGGGACGCGCUACGUUGCACGGAGGCCUGCUCGUGAUCGUAUACUUAGGGAGCGGGCGCUAAGGAUCAGAGAGGAGAGGAGCGGGGGCAUGACGACAGAUGACGAUGCCAUGAGUGAGAUGAAGAUGGGCCGCUACUGGAGCAAAGAGGAGAGGAAGCAGCACUUGGCACGAGCAAGGGAGCAAAGAAAAAGGAGGGAGUUCAUGCAGAAGAGCCGCCUCGAAUGUCUAAAAGAGGGACCAAGUGGAGCUGAGGGCAGGAAAGAGGUCAAUAUCUUAGAGCUCAGUCACAAAAAGAUGAUGAAGAAACGGAACAAAAAGAUCCUAGACAACUGGAUGACCAUCCAGGAGCUGAUGAGCCAUGGGGCUAGGGUCCCAGACGGCUCUAAAGUACAUAAUGCCUUCCUUUCUGUCACUACUGUUUAACUGACAAGUUUUAAUACUCCAUGCUUGACCCUUGGGACCGAACUCUUUUAUAUCAGGUGGUCUGGAUUUCAAAGAAACCACUGCUCAUUUUGUGACAUUAUAUCAAAAAUGUCAUUGGUGAGGACUUCUGUAGCAUUCCCAAAACAACUUGGUAUUUACCAUUUUAAGAAUGUUCAGCUAUCAAUACCACAUCAGAGCCAAUUUAAAACAUAACUUUAAUGUUUUCACACUGGCUUUGUUGGGACCGAAUUGAUAUAUAGUAGCAUGUUGGUUCAAAAAGAUUGACAUAGGAGAAAGAACCAAAGCAUCAGCUUUGUGUACACUACUGCAUCUAUUUUGUCUCCAUACUUGUCUUUCAUCAACGUUUCAUAGCAUAUGAAGCGAUUUUACUUGCCUCGUUCAAGGUGGCGUUUUUUUACGACAAAAUUAUGGUAUUUUUCACAGUUUGUAAUCUCAGUAACUUUUUGUAUGGAAAUUUUUACACUGAAUGUCAAUGUACUGUAAACAUUUGAUUCUAAUUUAUUAUUUAUAUUUAUAUAAACAACCCAUCAAUGUUAAGGUCCCAGCCAGCACAUUCAUGUGAGUCCAAAGUGAGAUAAAAAUGGCCUAAGAUGGUUUAAUUGGUUUAAGAGCGAGCAGAUGAUAAUGGGUCUCACACGUUUUCCGUUUCAUGGGCCCCAAAUGCAAAGUCUAUGUGGUGCAAAUAUAUAGACAUAUUGAACAUGCAAAUGGACUUAAGAGAGGGGAAGUUGUGUGGGUCCAAUAUUGUGGGUUGCCAGUAAACUCAUGAGACGGUUGGGCUAGACUUAAAUACAAGAUAGGUCCUAUUCAGAUUCAGUAUGGACAAAUACAAUGAGAACCACCACAGAACCUGCGGACAAAACCUCUUAGGAUCCAUAUUUACAACCCACUUCUAAACUCAGAUGGGGCCCAUAUAUAAGUGCUGGCUGGGUGAGACUAUUUGAUUGUACUGUAGACCACGCUGCAUGCUGGACUAGAGAGAAAUGGGAAAAAUGAUGGCUGGAGGACAACAGCAUGAAUUUGCUCAGAGCUGUCUGGUCGACGUAUGGGACUCUUUAAAGCACUGAAAAUAUCAAUAUUCAAUCUCAAAGGCUCAAAUAUCUUUUUUUCCUUUUUUUUUUUUUGCCUUUGAGAUGUUUUUACCUCAACUUGCAGUCAAAUCCUACCAAGACCUUUAGUAGUUGGCAAAUGUAUUCCCUUAACAUUCAACCUUUACUUUAAAGCAUCAAUCUGUGAAUUAUGUUAAAUGUUAAUCAUAUUUUUAUUUAUAUUCCGUACUGUUUUUGUAUUUACUGUAAAUUAAUUCUGAUGGUCCCUCUGAUUCACAAUAAGUGGCUAUCCUUGAGAUGGGAGCCUUUUUUUUUCAAGGGGAUUUGCAACUGUGGACCAUAUUUGCAGCCUUUCAACUCAGAACCGCUGCUGCUUUUUAGUGUAAAGGUAAAUGAAGAGGCCUUGAGUUCAGUAUUUGUUGAUGGUGAUGUUUGUAAUAAAAGAAUAA